GGACGGUACAUCAUGGCAAAAAUUUUUCUGCUUUUAGUGGCAGUUCUUCAUGUCUUCUUGGCGAAGGCGCAGGUGGAAUCCUCCGAGGAUCCCAACAGCCUCAAGAUUUGGUUGACCAUCAGUGCCCAAAACAGAUCCGUGGAGGUUUAUUGGGUCAAUGCUCCCGCGAACGAGGGCGACCAAGUUCUCGUGACAAAACGAGACGCCUCCAGCUUCCAGAAGAAACUCAAGAAAAGGAAGACUGUCUGGAAAGCCAACGGAAGAGCCAACAAGGUGGUGGCGGCCAUUUUACCGAGUCGCGGACUUUCCACCGAAUGGGUCACCACGGAAGUGCCCUUUGAUUACGAUUUGUCCAAGAAUGUGACUAUCGAAACCACCUGUUACGGAUUCUGGGCCAGCUACAUCGACGCGGAGGGUAAAAUCCUGGCGAAAUCCUGCCUCAAGGCUUUUCCUCGCUGGAUGAACGAACUGAGACCCAAAGUAGAGAACUUCCGCCUGCGAGAUCUGUUUAUUCCCGGAUCCCAUUUCGCCGGUGCAUACCGUCCAAACUUCGAUCUGAAGCGCCAAACUAUUAUGACGAAGACUCGUCUGGCCCAGGAUGAGGAGAUUAAAGGACAACUAAUGCAUGGAGUGCGUUACCUGGAAGUCCAAGUGGUAUACCAUCGGAACCAGUUUGACUCCUAUAAUAAUGACAUGAACACAAUGCCACUAAGAACGAUUAUCACGGAGAUUUCGAACUUUGUGGAGCAGACCAACGAGAUUGUCAUACUUGGGAUUAAGAAAUAUUGGUGUUUCCAUCUGGGGACGUGUGAUGAUGGGGAACAGAAGUUAGCCAGACAUUUAAGGGACGAGUUCGGGGAUCGGAUAGUUGACCCUUCGCUGACCUGGAACGCAACCUUGGGAGAGAUCUGGACUAGGAAGCAGAACGUGUUGGUGACUUUCGACGACCCGGAGGUGUUAAAGAAAUUCCCUGAACUGUAUUUCCAGUCCGUUGAAGAACGGAGUGGUAACAGUCGGACUUGGGAUCGAGUUGAGACGUAUUUCCGCGAUCAAUACGCAGGAUUGAAAGAUUCGAAGAAUCCUCGACCGGUGGCUGAUUUGGCAGCUUUGACCGCGACGGACGAGGACCUCUACUACGGUCGUGUUGGAUUGCGUGAACUGGCCGAUGACGGAAAUCGGAGGUUCUCCCAGCUAUAUCGAAAUGAAUUGGGCAGAUCUGCCAACAUUGUGUCGGCCGAAUUCAUAAGGGGCACCACACUCGCGGAAACAGCCAUAGAAUUCAAUACUCGGAAGACUAAAUUGUGAAAGAAAUGCUCUUCUCGGUCGUUUUAUAAAUGUUUAAACCUCUAAGAUAUUAAUUUUAUAACCUACAUUGCAAUAAACGGGGACAGAGUUCAACAUUUUA